CAGCGCAGACUGCUGGAUAUCUGCUGGAAACCACAGCUUCAGCUGAACGCUAUAGUUCUCCCCCAGCAUUAUGCAAGUGAAAAGGCAGAUCUCUGCAACCAGCAGAAGAACUCUAGAAUGGCACAGGAAGAAUCUGAACCUCCACAGAUUAAAGAGGAACAGGAUGAACUAGAACCCCCACAGAUUGAAGAGGAAUGGAUGGAACCAGAAACUCCAGAGAAUGAAGAGGAAUGGGAUGAACCAGAACCUGCACAGAUUGAAGAAGAAUGGUGGGAACCAGAACAUUCACAAAUUAAAGAGGAACAGGAGGAACGGGAACCUCAACAGACUGAGGAGGAAUGGUGGGAACCAGAUCCUCCACAGACUAAAGAGGAGCAAGAAAGGCUUGGUAUCGGUCAUGAUGAAGAGCAGCUUGAAUUGAAGCAGGAGACUGAUACCUUGAUGGAAAUUCCUUCUUAUGAGGAAAAUGAGGACAGUGUUGUAGAUCUAAACAAUCUGCAGAGCUUUGAUGUAACUUAUAGUCUGGAUGAAGAUGGAAGCCAUUAUGAAGACUCAACAGAUGGAGAGACAGACCAACAGCACAUGUAUCAGAGGAAGAGAAGCAACAAAAGUAAUAGCCAAAAUAUGGACAGCUCUUACUUGUCAGGAAGUCGAUGUGACUCUGAUAUUAGAGAAAAUUCCAAUACAGCAAUUUUGGUUAAGCAACACAACCAAAUUCUGAACAAAAAGAGAAUUUCCUAUAUAAAGUCUGGCAUUGUUAGUAAUCUGUAUGUCUACAGGAGAACUGAGUCUAAGGACAAACCCUAUGACUGUAAAGAAUGUGGUAAGCGUUUCAGUUGGUGGUCUCAGUUCAGAGUUCACAUGAGAACUCACACAGGAGAGAGGCCCUUUUCUUGUAAAGAAUGUGAUACACGUUUUAGUCUUUUAUCUCAUCUCAAAACACACAUGAGAACUCACACAGGAGAGAAGCCCUUUUCAUGCAAAGAAUGUGAUAAAAGUUUUGGUCAAAUAUUUGGCCUCAAAAGACACAUGAGAACCCAUACAGGAGAAAAGCCCUUCUCUUGUAAAGUAUGUGAUACCAGUUUUAGCGAAAUAUAUAAUCUCAAAGCACACAUGAGAACUCAUACAGGAGAAAAGCCUUUUUCUUGUAAAGAAUGUGAUAAAAGUUAUAGUCGAUUAUCUGAUCUGAAAAGACACAAGAGAACUCACACAGGAGAAAAGCCCUUUUGCUGUAAAGAAUGUGACAGAUGUUUCUGUGAAAAAUCUCAUCUCAACAGACAUAUGAGAACUCAUACAGGAGAAAAGCCUUUUACUUGUAAAGAGUGUGACAAAAGUUUUAGUCUUGUAACUCAUCUCAAAACACACAUCAGAACUCACACAGGAGAAAAGCCCUAUUCGUGCAAACAAUGUGAUACAAGUUUUAGUCAAAUUUCUAGUCUCAAAAGACACAUGAGAACUCACGCAGGAGAGAGGACUUUCUCUUGUUAAAAAAAUGUAAAGUAUUCAGUCUCAAAUUCUUAAACUUAGAAACACAAGAAAGCUUAAAGCACUAAAAGGCAAUUAGGGUUUACUUAACAAAGUGUGUGGGGGGGCAUACUAAUAAUAUCUAUAUAUUUUUUUCUUAAUUAUUAUAUACUUAUACAUUUUUAGCACUUUUACUUUUUUAACGGUUGUAUUUUUCAGGUUAAAAAAACAGAUUUCUGUAUCUCAGAAAAUUUGAUUAUUUGAAAAAUAUGCCACGCACUUUGAUGCAUAAUUCAAUUAUAAGGAGACACUAGUGAGUAUUAAAUACAUAGAAAUGAACAGCUUUCUGAACUCUCAUGUGUGCUGAAAACAUUAUUUUGUUGAUUGUUCUGAUAAGAUAUUCAAAUUUUCUGAGACACUACUUCUUUGUUUUCCUUCAGCUAUACACAAAAACCAUCCAAACUUGAGAGACAAAGCAUUAAUAAAUUUCAAGCUGUGCAAUGAUUUUAUACAAAUGAGUUUUCGUUUUUUUUAAUUGAUUGACCAAAAAUGUUGAACUUUUUCAUGAAAAUAUUAUUUUUUGACUGUUCUCAAUUCGUAGAUGUAACUGUAAAUGUGUUGUUUUAAAUUAAAGCAGUUAAAUCUUUAGCUCUUGGGGUGUAUUCUGACUGGAAACAUUUGGUCCACUUAACUUAAAGUGAACCAGAGUUCAUUUCCCCCGAUUAUCUGUAGCAAAGUUUCAGUCUGAAUGGUCUAGGACUAGGAACCGCUCUCUGAUCUAUCUUUUGUGGUACUCUCAAUUUAUUUCCACUUGGACUGAACUUUGGUUCACUCUGAAAUUCCUUUGUCUGUACGCAUCUUGUGCUGGGACCAGAACAACUGAACCAAAAUGGCCACUGUAGUUGGUUAUUAGUGGCCAAACGUGGAGCAGUGAGUCAACAACAACUCAUUAAAAUGUGGUCAGAUGAAUGCAGACUCAUUAAACGAAUUUUAAUUUGAUACAUAUUGCUUCUUCUGAGCCACCACCAGUGUGUGAAUGUGUGUGUGAAUGGGUGAAUGGGUCUGUCACUGUGAAGCGCUUUGGGCCCUCGAAGGAUGGUAGAAAGCGCUAUACAAGUAUACGCCAUUUACCAUUCUUACACUGUUUUUCCAACUUUUUUUUUAUCAUAAACACUUGUCACCGUGCCCCAUAGAGUCCCUAGUAACCACCUUGCAGCGUGCAUCCGCUGUACCAAAGUAGCAGUAACCAAUCUUGAACCUAGCAUUCUUAUAUACAUUCAAAAUUGUUCAGCGAAAUAAAAAGUUUGAACAAUCCUGGCAAGGAUUUGCAAAGUGUAGCACCUCCAUCUUUCUCUUUUUGUGUUUAACUGAACCCGUAACUGCUGGCCAAUGACUGAAGAGAUCUUUAGUCAAGUGGUUUUGUUUACAAGCUUUGGUCCAGAUAGUCUGCUUGACUGCAGUCUAAAUACAGACAAACACAAGGUUCAGGACUCAAUCCCUAGCAAAUAAGGCAGAUUUGGUCUGGAACAAAUCAUUUUCCCAGUCUGAAUACACUCUUGAAUGGCUAUAAUCACUUUUAAGGUGUCAUUACUUUUUUGCUGGCAUUUUUAAGGAAUUUUGUUUUUCAAACAAAUGUUGCAACAACAAUGUAAAAGCAACAUUCCACUAUUGUUUGAUUUUUUUUUUUUAUUUUGCAUGUAGAUGUUUAGUUGACCAUUGUGUUUGCAGUUUUGAGACAAAGUGUAUCCUGUCUAAGUCUACGUGUAUCCUUGACAAUAUUAAAAAUGUAUACAUCUGUAAUUCUUACACGUUAUUUGGUAACUGGACAUUUCUUUUAUUUUAGCAAAAACUAGUGACUGAAUAUUUUUUUGAGUCAUGUUAGCAGGUAACAUUUUCUGUUGAAAUGAUAUUCCCAAAUAUACAGUAAAGAAGAGGUUGAUGAAGAAACAGACUAAUGUUUUUGUCUUGCAAUUCAUGUUUUCUAGUAGAGUUUUGAAAUGUUUACCUGGUCUUUGUAGUUUUCAGUAUUUUGUAAUCUUUUAAUGUGCAAAAUAAAGUGAAUGUGAAAAUCGGUGA